AUGGAUGGAGAUGGCAGCAUCGACCCUGCUGAUCUCUACUCCAUGGAUGACUACCUUCAAGAGCGAGAGAUUCUAGAUGAUUUAGCCAUUCAGCUUGUAUCUGAAAUGCAGUCCGCCGUUGUUGAUGUCAUACAAGGUGGAAGAUCUCAAUCUGGUCCUAGGCGAUAUGUUGACAGGCCUCGUGAACGAGCCAACCAACAACUAAUGGAUGACUACUUCUCUCCUAAUCCAGUCUUCAAUGAGACACAGUUUCGUAGAAGAUUUAGGAUGAGGAGACCCCUGUUUGAGAAGAUUGUUGAGGCCUUGAGUGGAUGGUCUGAAUAUUUCACCUUGAGAUUGGAUGCUCUGAAUCGUCCCGGGUUCUCACCCAUUCAUAAGUGUACGGUAGCGAUCCGUCAAUUAGCAUAUGGUGGCUCUGCAGACCAGUUAGAUGAGUAUUUGAAGAUUGGAGAAAGUACUGGUGUGGAGUGCUUGAAAAUGUUUGCUAAGGGUAUUAUUGAAGUAUACGGUCAAGAGUACUUGAGACGCCCCACAGUACAAGAUGUUGAACGAUUGUUGGAGAUAGAUGGAAUAUACCCAGAGUGGGCUGUUUUUGUCAAGUCCAUACGUGCACCACAAUCAGCUGAGCACAAGCUAUUUGCAGAACAUCAAGAGGGGGCAAGAAAAGAUGUUGAAUGUGCAUUUGGGAUUUUACAAUCUCGUUUUCACAUUUUGCGUCGUCCGGCACGUCUAUAUGAACAAGGGGAUCUUGAGAAUAUCAUGAAAGCUUGUAUAAUACUCCACAACAUGAUAAUCGAGGACGAGAGGGAUAUAGAGGACAAUUCCUUUGACUUGAACGAGGAAGCAACCACAUCUACUGUUCAGCAGUCUACAAUCACUCAGGCACAUGAACCUGCAAUGGAGGAGGUCUGUUUGGAGGAUGAUGGACAUGGAGUUCUGUGUGGAUGA